GAGGUCAGCUGCUGUGGGAGGUGAAUAUUGGCACAUUCACUGCAGAGGAAGUCACCACAAGCCACUGGCAUCCAUAACAUAAUAAGAGUAACACCCUCCUCCCAACUAUUUGAUAUAUCAUCUCAACUCAUCUCAUCUCUCUGGUCUCAUCAUCUCUACCCCCCGAAGUUCCCUUUACACCUCCCCCUACAUCCACACUCAAUCCAAAGACAUCAUCAUCCAGAAGAACAGAAGACAAACCACCAAGAUGCGCCUCCUCGAGUCCCCCCUCAAGACCCUCCUCAUCCUCCUCAGCAUCCUUAUCUUCACCACCGCAAUCCCCUUCCCCUCCCCUCCCACCACCGAAACAGAAACCGAAAUCGAACUUCACCCACCGAACGCCGUCCACCUAGCAAUCAGCUUCAUCUCCCUCUCCCACGCCCUCUCCUCGCUGCGCCUAACUAAGUGCCCCCUCGACGUCGUCUCCAUCAACCAAACCACUAGCGAACGCUCAACAGGAAUCUCCAAACGAGGACACGAGGAAGCAGCAGCAACACCGCACCUCAGCCCCCCCUCCGCCCACCUCUCCCUCAAAUUCAUCGCCCUCGGCCGCGGCACGCAGAACUACACCUGUCCGACCACCUCCAAGGACAACACCUCCAGAAACGCCUCUGCAACCCCAAUCGCCACCGGCGCUGUCGCCACGCUCUACGACAUCUCCUGCCUCGCCGCAACCCCGAAGAGCCAUGCGCUGCGAUUCCUCCACGCCCUCCCAGGAUUCACCCGGUCCAUCCCGCAGGAAGUCCUAGCCUUCUAUGCCGUGAUGCUGUCCCAGUCCGCAAUCAUCGGGGAGCAUUACUUCUCUUCCUCCCAAUCUUCUUCUUCCACUACCUCGACAACAGCAGCCGCAGCAAUGCCCGUCUUCGAUCUCCGCCCCGCGACAUUCGGAAAACAAGGCGGAAGAUACGAGUCCAACUGGGUCAAGGCCAAGAAGGUGGAGAGUGUAAAUGCCCCCGGUAGUGGAGGUGAUGACGUGCCCUGGUUGAAGAUGGUUGGGGUGGAGGGAUCUGGUAUCAAGGAGAUAUACCGUGUCCACACGGCUGGAGGGAUGAGUCCGGCGACUUGCGCGGCGCACGAGGGGGAGUUUGGGGUGUAGUAUGCGGCGGAGUAUUGGUUUUAUGGAUGAGAGGUUCCCAACUCUGUGGUUUGAUUUGAAUUGGUUCCAUCGGAGAGUGGGAGGUAUGCAGGUUCAGAUGAAUGAGAUAUGGUGGAUUUGAAUGGGAAACGAGGGAUAUGAUGCGAUGAUGAUUGAUGAGUGCGCCUGUUUACUGGGAUUUGAGAUGGGAGUACCGUGCUAACAUCAUGGAUUUGUCCAUACCUGCUAGUUCGUAAUCAUGAUAUCGAAAUAAUGGGACCAGUUCCAAGCGAUGGACCUUCUACAACGUUCUUUCUUCAAUCAGGAGUUGAUGCCAUGCAUUGAAUAGGUACAUGCAAGACUUGCAUCCCCAGUCACAAGGCAGUUGCGCGGUAGAUGCGUAUACCUA